AUGGUUGUCAACAAACGAUCUCUCUUGAUUGUAUGCUCUUGUAUUUUAUUCCUGGCACAGUGUAUAUAUGUCAUUGGAAUUUUCACAAGAAAGCCAGUAGAAGUAGCCGUUGAAGUCACCACGGAAAUACCGAUGAAUACCACAACUACCUCUGCACCUGUAAUAGUAAAAGAUAUUCUUCCUGGAGAUCACAUAACCGAGUUCAUUCCCCCAUUCGUCCCUCUGCUCAACGAUUAUGUGAUAACCGAGAACUACAAUUUACAUGCGUGUAUCGUUCGGAAAAGCAUGUCCCAACUCACUACAAAUCUCAUGUGUUAUUUGAGCAACACAGCCCUAUACGAGGACCGAAAUCGUACGUUAUCUGACACCUGGGCUGCUAGAAAAGGAAGUUGCGACAAUAUUGCAUGGUCUGCUUAUGCUCCUUUGUACGAGAACGGAACUAUGUCAAUGAGCAGAAUGACCAAGUUAGCAUUCAUAAGACAUCCAGAGUCUCGAUUCGUUUCCUUUUUCGUCGACAAGUGUAUAAAUACAAACUCGUGCUACGGUUGCAGAGAUUUGCAUUGUGCGGUGAAACUGGUAUAUGACAGACUAAUGAACCACGUCCAAAACCGUCACUUGAUUGACCAAUCAGAGUCAGAGCUCUGGUGGUUUGAUUGGCACGCGGCUCCUCAAACCUGGAACUGCGAUUUUUACAAACAUCUCACCGAUUAUCAUCUCAUCAAAAUUGGCACUUCACAAAAAGACCGAAAACUUGCGAUGAAGCAGUUGCAAAUCGCAUUAAAAACUGCAAACGUCGAGGAUAAGUACAUCGAGAAAAUCAUGGCGGACACUUUGGUCAGUGAUACAAAGCAUGGAACUCAUCAGUCUAAAUCAAACCUUAGGAUUUUGCAGCAGGUUCGUACUGAUCCUUAUGUUCGUCACUACCUUCAUCGAAUCUACUACUUUGACUACGUGGCUUUUGGAUUCGAAAUACCAGAAGUAUACAGUGCUGAUCUGCCUGAGUACCCGCUGCGAAAUUGA